CUAGCUAAGCCGGUUUAGCCAGUACUCGAGUGAUUGAAUCUUUACUUUUAAACCAACAUUUAAGGAAAUACUAGCAGUGUCAUUAAGAUUGCAGAAGCUGUGUAUUCUCGAGAUGGAGAUAUGUCAAUUAUCAGGGCGUUUUUUCUCAGCCGUUCCCCUUCAAUUUAACGUCGGUUUAAGAAAAUCAUCUAGAGCCCCGAAAUUUUUAGUUUGUUCGAAUAGGGUUAACUGUUACCAAACGGGAAAGACAGACCAAGAUUCUCGGAAUCGGAUGUUUAUUCUUGGCAUGGGUUUUGUCGGACAAUUCUUCACUCAGGAGCUCCUGAAUGAAGGCUGGGUUGUCUCUGGGACUUGCACAAGCAUGAAAAAGAGAAACGAACUCGAACAAAGAGGAUUCAAUGUUAUCCUUUUUGAUGCAAAUCAGCCAGAGAUGAGUACCAUGAAUUCAUUGAAAUCCUGUACACAUCUUCUUGUCUCAAUUCCUCCUGUUAUGGGUAUUGGUGAUCCGAUUCUUCAACAUGGAGAACUUCUAAGAAGUACACUGAUGGAUGUCAAUCUUCAGUGGCUCUGUUAUCUGUCCUCAACUAGUGUCUAUGGAGAUUGCGGUGGUGCAUGUGUGGAUGAGGGUUAUCCUGUAAGCCCUACAAAUGAAAUGGCUAAAUUGAGGUUAGCUGCAGAGCAAGGAUGGUUGAAGGUAGCCCAUGAUGCUGGGAUCAAGGCACAUGUAUUCCGACUUGGAGGUAUCUAUGGACCUGGUAGAAGUGCUGUUGACACGAUAAUUAAGCGGGAACCUUUAUCAGAAUCCCAGAAACGGAGAGUGUCCAAACAAUUCACAUCCAGAGUGCAUGUUGCAGACAUCUGUCAAGCUCUUAAGGCCAGCAUUCACAAAAAACCCGCCAGGAGAAUUUACAAUAUUGUAGAUGAUGAUCCAGCAUCUCGGAAAGAGGUAUUUGCUUAUGCAUUGGACUUGGUUGAGAAAAAGUGGCAUUCUCUAACCAAGGAAACCACUCAUGAGAGAGCUGAAUCAUUUGGUCAGAAAGCAAGUUUAAGAGGUGAGAAACGUGUUUCUAAUGCGCAUAUGAAGAAUGAACUAGCAGUGCAGCUUCUUUAUCCCAGUUAUAAAUCCGGAUUACAGAGCAUAGUUGACCAAAUGGAGAACCCGUUUUAGCUGUACACACCGUUUGGUUUGGAAGAACUUAAUGCCUGCAUUUUCACUGAUG